CAUUUCCGGAGCGCCGGAGUCGACGAGGCUGCAUGCUGGCUAGCCGAGAAGAUGGUGGUCACCCGAUCGGCCGGGCCUGAGGCGAGGCGUCAGGCCGCGUCGGCCGAAAGCUCCCAGCAGAAGAAUUCUGCUGCUAAAAAAACUAAACUACAUCCAAAAGGUGGGAAGGAAUCUAGAUCUGAUGACCCCAGUACUGCUGAAUCACAGACCCAGACUACUAGGAAACAAAGUCCAACCCCUGGAACUCCUAAAACCAAGAAGAGAAAGAGCAGAACUACAGACUCAUUACCAGGAAAGACCAAACCCCCCAAUAAUGGAGAGACCUCUGAAGCAGAGUCAGAAUGUUCCACUGUGUCUGAGCCUCAGGAUACCAUUUUAAGAGUAACUAGGAGAAGGCAGAUCCUAGUGGCAUGCACCCCAGUAUCCAGUGUUAGAAAAAGAGUGAAAACUACUUCAAUAAGUGAGUCUUAUACUGAAGAAGUUGUCUCUGAAGCAGAAUCGCAUGCUUCGGGUAUUUCUAAAGUUGUGAUUCCCACAGUAUUAACUACAAGAACCAGAAGAAAUAAGGCUAAAGUUCUAACAAAAGCAAGGCAGGAAUCACAUACAGAAGCUAUUUCGGAUGCUGAGUCAUCGUGCUCAGACAUUUCUACAUUUUCUGGAUUUGUAAUUAGGAGAACCACUAGGAGUAUGCAGAAGAAAUUGCAGACACAGACUGAGCAAAAACAUAUGAGAAAAGAAAAACAUGGCAGUGAUGCACCUCUCAAAGAAACAAAACAGAACUUUGAGAGUUUAGAUGAAGAAGCCAAAGGAAUAAUAGAUGAGGGGGAAGAAAUUAAUGAGAAAAAUUCUCAAUCAGAUCUUUCUAAAUAUCAGGACACCAGCAUUCAGCAGUCAGUUUCUCAAAGGCAUUCAACUCCCGAAAAUAACAAGACCAUUUUAGUGCACUCAAAUCUGAACUGUGAGACUGUAAUAAAAUCAUUUGCUCAAACACUUGAAGUUGCAGAAAUGGACAAGUGGAAUGAUGAAAGAAAGAACACCAUAAAAACAAGUGAUUUGACAGAAUUUGAUGAUCAUGAUAGUGAUGAAGAAGAGUGCACAGUGAUAGGAGUCAGUGAAAGCAUGAACGAAGAAAGGGAUGUAGAUUUUGAGUGUGAUGCCAAACUCUCAAAGACUGAGCUCAACACAUCUCAGGAGAAAGAUGAUUCUGUUUUAUUAGUUCUCAGUAGUGAUGAAAGCCAGCAGUCUGAAAACAGUGACAAUGAAGAGGACACUCUGUGUUUUGUUGAAAAUCGUGGUCAAGAGCAGUCAUUAAAUGGAAACUCAAAAAAUAUUUCAUGUGACAAUGCCUUGUUUGUAAUUGACACAACUCCUGGAUUGGGUGCUGAUAAAAAUUUUUACUUGAAUGAAGAAGAUAAGGCAAGUGAAAUUGCCACUGAAGAAGAAAAACAAGAGGAAGAGGAUGAAAACAGUGAUGAAGAACCUUCAGACCAUGACAAAAAUAAAGACAGUGAGUUUAGUGAUGAAGAUGACUUACUAAAUAGCACAAAGUCUAAACUUUUGAAGUUAACCAGCAGCAGCAUAGACCCUGGUAUGAGUAUCAAGCAGUUGGGUGGUUUGUACAUUAAUUUUAAUGCAGACAAACUACAGUCGAACAAGAGAACACUAACACAGAUUAAGGAGAAAAGGAAAAAUGAGCUACUGCAGAAAGCCAUCAUUACUCCUGAUUUUGAAAAAAAUGACCGUGUUCCACCCUAUCGUGAAUCUAAGUAUCAACUUCAGAAAAAACGCAGAAAAGAACGACAAAAAACAGCAGGUGAUGGUUGGUUUGGUAUGAAAGCUCCAGAAUUGACAGAUGAACUGAAAAAUGAUCUCAAAGCACUGAAGAUGAGAGCCAGCAUGGACCCCAAAAGGUUUUACAAGAAAAAUGACAGGGAUGGCUUCCCCAAGUACUUCCAGAUUGGAACCAUUGUGGACAAUCCAGCUGACUUCUACCAUUCACGAAUUCCCAAGAAACAAAGGAAAAGAACUAUUGUGGAUGAACUGCUGGCUGACUCUGAGUUCAGAAGAUAUAACCGAAGGAAGUACUCAGAAAUCAUGGCUGAAAAAGCAGCAAACGCAGCAGGAAAGAAGUUUCGAAAAAAGAAGAAAUUCCGUAAUUAAGAUGCACCAAAUCACAAUAUUUUCUCUCUCCUUUAUUUAUUUACUAAAGAUGCUUUGAAAACUUAUGUCAUCACAUUAACUCACUCACUGGCCCUGUUGAUUUAGGGCUUUUAUUUGGAAAAAAUUAAUUUGAGAAUAAAUGACAUGCCCUUUGGAAUACAACAGGUGUGUCUAUCACAGACUUUUUUCCUUCAGAGAAAAAAGGGAAGAGAACCUCAGCCAUUAUAAGUGAUUUUGUAAGGCUUUCAACAGUUGGUUAUUUAAAGAAAAAUGAAUUAAAAGACAAUUGAAAAAUAUUGUUUGCUAGCAUUCAGAAAACUUUACUAUGAGCAAAGAUAUAGAAACAAUCUGUAAUUAAUAUAUAGGGAUGUAUGUUUUGGGGGUGAUGGUAGACAAAAUGGCAUUCUGUCAUCUGUAAAUUAAAGAUCCAGAAAAUUGGUGAAGCUGGGGUACAGAAAGUUGUCUGUUGCCAGUGGAAAAGUCACAAUUGAAACUAAAGGAAUGUUAGCAAGUGUUCCUGGAGCACACAUGUUCACAUACAACUGAAGAACUUAAUGAAGCUAUAAAAAGGACUUAAAUGAUAAUGAAGAUUUUCUGUCCUUGGCAACUAAAACAGAGGAAUAAUUGGUUUGUCCAGAGUCACUAUUGUGUUCCAACUGAAGUAAGAUUAAAUAAACAUAAUUUUAACUUGGCCAGGCAGUACUGUGGCCCAGCUUAUCUCCAGUGGUCUAAGCAUAUAUCCUGACUAAGCUACUUAUGGCACUCAGGGUCAUUAAGUGUUGGUCAUUUAUUAAUGCUUGUUGGUGGGUUGUUACAUCCUUUAUGUCAUAUACGUACCCAGCACACUGCUUCCUUAAGACACAGUAAAUGUGAAAUCUCAUGUUUUGUAUUUAGUCCUUGGGAUCAUAAAUAACCUAGUAGUAGAACUGACAGUAACAUUCAUAGGUGGAACGAGAGAAGUGGCUGCAUCUGUUCUCUUUUAUAGAAAAACUUUUAUUCCAAGACUGUUGCCUGCUGAGUAAGGACCUGCUAUGAAUUAAAUGUCAAAACAAGAAUAACAGCUAGUUUACUCUUCAUGCAUUCUUCCAGAAGGAAGUACUGUUUGCAGAACAUUUCUUCAACUUAAGCUACUGUACUGUAAGAAUGCUCAGUUGUCAGUCAUUCAGUAUGAUGUUCCUCUUCACACACAAUUGAGGCCUGGCCAAGAUUUUCUCAGGCUCAAGGUGUGAAUCAACUUCUUCUUUGCUGUAUGAUUUUCAUGAUGGUUUCUGGUUUAUGAAUAGCUAGAACAGGUUGAAUUAUUCAGAAAUGCAAAACUGCAGUUCUGGCAAAUAUUUGCAAGAAUAUAGUGCAUAUUAUAGGGAAAGAGAUGAGUGAUUUAUAAUCUUUUCCACAUACAACAGCACUAGAGCUUUCUGGCUUGGAAGGUAGUGAUAGGAAAAGAGUACUGAAUCCAAGUCCAGCUUUUUCUUUAACCCAUCUCACGGAUUCUCACAGGCGUUCUGAGUAUUUUAACAUACAUAACUCUUUCUGUCACUAGAUUUAUUUUUUGUUCUUGUAUUUUUGUAAAUUACUUUAAUAACUUGGAACUAAAGUUUUUUUAACAAAUGUAAAAUACCUUAUUCAGUGAAAUAA